AACACUGCGAACGUGUCCAAAAGUCCUUGCUCCUCGAAAUAAAAAUUGAGAAACUGACAAAUCGAACGCGUAAUGGACUGAAGAACUUAUCCAAAGUCGAGUGUUUGGUGAAAAAUAUUUUCAGCUUAAAUACAAAUCAAUAAAAGCAUUAAAAACAAUUUAACAAAGACCCUCAAUUAAUAACAAAUCAGAUAAUUUGCUUCCCUUAAGCCCACAAAUUAUCUAAAUAAAUCAGAGAAUAAAUAAGAAACACAAUUUUCUCAAGAAACCACUGUAUCGCACCACAGCAUGUGACAUUAGAGGCCAUAGAAUAUGGAAAGCAUAUCAAAAUAUUUGCCAUUUAGCUGGUUGAGGCGUCAUCAAACAGAGAGAAAUUAGCAGGCGACAGUUGACCAGUUGCAGUGACCCAGCGACCCAGGAUGCGGCAUCGGGGGGCCGACAUGAAAGGACAUUCGAGGCCAGCUGCUGACCAUAGCAGCAGCAGCGGCAGGAGCAGGAGCAGAAGCAUCGGGAUCGCGACCAACGGCAAUGUCCUCUCUGGCAUUCUGUUAUUUGUGCUGACAGCGCUGACACUAACGAGCUUAAUAACGCCCACAGAGCAGCUGACAGUGGCGCCAAAUGGAACCACUCUGGGGCUGGAACAGGAGCAGGAGCAGGAGUCCCUGGAUAUGGCUGUGGACUUGUACAAAACCAUAAACGGCAAUCUGUCGGGCCAGAAUGGAACAAUAGGGCCGCCGGCAACGCGUCUGCACCUGAACCACAAGCUGCGACCGCCGCCGGACAAUGGCAGCCAGUAUCCCGACUAUGAUGACGAUGUGGGUCCGGAUUGCUCGUACAGCUACAACUUCAUCCUGAAGCUCAUUACGAUGAUCCUGUAUGCCUUGGUCUGCAUUAUUGGAUUAUUUGGAAACACUCUGGUGAUCUAUGUGGUGCUGCGUUUCUCUAAAAUGCAAACGGUGACGAAUAUUUACAUCCUGAAUCUGGCCAUUGCGGAUGAGUGCUUCCUGAUUGGGAUACCCUUUCUGCUGUACACCAUGCAGGUGGGCAAUUGGUCCUUUGGCAAUUACAUGUGCAAAGCAUAUAUGGUGAGCACUUCGAUUACGUCCUUCACCUCAUCGAUCUUUCUGCUGAUCAUGUCAGCGGAUCGGUAUAUAGCCGUGUGUCAUCCUAUAUCCUCACCACGUUACCGCACACCGUUUGUAUCCAAACUGGUGUCGGCCUUCGCCUGGAUGACUUCGGUGCUGCUGAUGCUGCCGGUUAUCCUGUUUGCCAGCACAGUGGAGUCACGGAAUGGGAAUGUAUCCUGCAACAUCGAGUGGCCCGAUACCCAGAACUCGCACACAGACUCCACCUUCAUCCUGUACUCCCUGGUUCUGGGCUUUGCCACCCCACUGACCUUCAUUCUGGUAUUCUACUGCCUGGUUAUCCGCAAACUCCACACCGUGGGACCCAAGCACAAGAGCAAGGAGAAGAAGAGGUCACACAGAAAGGUGACCAAGCUGGUGCUCACCGUCAUCACGGUUUAUAUCAUGUGUUGGUUGCCCCACUGGAUCUCCCAGGUGGCCUUGAUUAGUUCGGCGCCGCAAAGGUGUGCCUCCCGACUGGAGCUGGCCGUAUUCCUGGCCUGCGGUUGUCUCAGCUACUCCAAUUCGGCCAUGAAUCCCAUUCUCUACGCCUUCCUCAGUGACAAUUUCAAGAAGAGCUUCAUGAAGGCCUGCACCUGCGCUGCCCGCAAGGAUGUCAAUGCCCAACUCCAGCUGGAGAAUAGUUUCUUCCCCAAGUUCGGCAAGGGUCGUCAGUCGGAGCGGCUUAUUGGUAACAAGGGUAACGCCCAGCGAGGAUCUCUGGCCAAGAAGAAAGCUCUGGUGGCGUCGAGAAAUAAUAAUGCUCCAAUGGCCACCGCCACCACAACGACGACCACCACGACGACGGGUACGGAUGCCGUCACCUGUGUCCAGCCGGCGGUUCAUCAGGUUCCCGCCGAGAUCCAACCCGUAGCAGCCACCUUACUGGUGGUCAAUGCGGAAACCAACUCCUGUAAGCCGCCGGUAUUGCACACGGACUUAUAAGAGCGGGCUCCCUCGAUGCCCCUGGAGACGGUGGUGUUCAUAGCACG